AUGAAAUUAGUUAAAAUAUGUGGAGUUAAAACACUAGAAGCAGCAGAAACAGCAAUAAUACAUGGAACAGAUCUAGUAGGAUGUAUAUUAGUCCCCAAUAAACCAAGAACUAUUCCACCUGAAGUAGCUAAACAAAUUUCAAAAUUAGUUAAUCAUGGUCGACCUAAAUCAUUAACUUUAAUCCUGGAAGAAAUAAAGAAUUCAACGAAGGAAUUUGAUUCACCUAUAGAAUAUUUUGAAUAUAUUAAAGAUAUACUAAUAGAAAACGGACCAUUUUUAGUGGGAGUUUUUAAAAAUCAAUCACCAGAAGAAGUUUCAAAAAUUGCCCAAAAUUUAAAUUUAGAUUUUAUUCAAUUACAUGGAAAUGAAAAUUUAAAAGAUUAUUUAAAUUUAGGAUUUGGAGUUAUAAAAAGAUAUGUAUUACCAAAAGAUUUAGAAAUUUUAAAAAAUGAUAGUAACUACGUUAUGAAUGAAAAAAUUUUAAGUUUACAAUUAUUAGAUUCUGAAGAAGGUGGUGAAGGUAAAAAAAUUGAUUGGGAAUUUAUAAAAAAUAAUUUAAAUUUUACAAAAUCUAUACUUGCAGGUGGUUUAAAUCCUGAAAAUGUUAUUGAAACUAAAGAUAUACCGAAUAUAUUAGGAUAUGAUGUAAGUGGAGGUGUUGAAACAAAUGGUUCAAAAGAUUUAACUAAAAUUACAAAAUUUAUAAAUGCUGGUAAAAGUAUUUAA